CUUCUAUCCAGCAAACAAUCCAGCAUGAAAACAAGCAUCGUCUGUCGCUGGGUUAAUACUGGUAGUAAAUGGUGGAAAAAUGGCUGCUGCCUUCAGACUUAGAUACGCUGUUAAAUUAGGGAGAUAUCUACCGAAAUCAUUCAAUAAUAACUUAGAAAAGAAAUUAUUCCAGCCGCAAUGUCUACGGCUACCAGUUGCUACUUGCAAUCAUGUGAAAUAUUGGUCCUCGCAACCAGAGGUUCAAACUACAGAAUAUCACAAUAUCAUAAAAGAUACAGAGAAAACAACAGGUGAAAGUGCCAAGCAUGAGUUUCAAUCAGAGACACAAAUGUUACUGCAAAUUGUGGCUAAAUCUUUAUAUUCGGAUAAAGAGGUAUUUGUGAGAGAGCUCGUCUCAAAUGCUAGCGAUGCUUUGGAAAAACUAAGAUAUUUGAGGUUAAGCGACAAUGUAGCUGCGCAAACUGCCGGUGACAGAAGCUUAGAGAUACAUAUUGGCACUGACAAACAAAGCCGUAUUCUUACAAUUCAGGAUACCGGUGUGGGUAUGACCAGGGAUGAAUUAAUAUCCAACUUGGGGACUAUAGCUCGGUCUGGUUCUAAGGCAUUUUUAGAAAAAUUGAAGGAAGGUCAAAAUUUAAAUGACACUUCUAAAAUUAUUGGUCAGUUCGGUGUUGGAUUUUAUAGCGCUUUCAUGGUUGCUGACAAAGUGGAGGUAUUCACAAAGUCAUUUGCGAAAGAUGCCGAAGGUCUCUGUUGGAUUUCCGAUGGAUCGGGCACAUUCGAGAUAUCAAAUGCUGAUGGUGUACAACCAGGCACAAAAAUUGUUAUAUAUUUGAAGCCGGAUUGCCGAGAGUUUAGCGACGAGAAUACAAUCAGUCGUGUCAUCAAUAAGUAUAGCAAUUUCGUCGGCAGUCCCAUAUUCAUAAAUGGCAAGAGAGCUAAUACGAUUCAGCCGCUAUGGAUGUCCGAUCCGAAAGAUAUCACGCUGUUGCAACACGCCGAGUUCUAUCGAUUCAUAGGGAAUUGCAUCGAUGCACCACGAUUUAUACUGCAUUAUUCGACGGACGUGCCAUUGAGCAUCAAGGCUCUGUUAUACUUCCCAGAGGAGAAACCUGGGCUAUUCGACUUGGCGAGGGACACUGCGAGCGGGGUGUCACUUUACAGCCGGAAAAUUCUGAUCAAGAGUAAGGCGGAGAAUAUCUUACCGAAGUGGUUGCGUUUCAUAAAAGGAGUGGUUGAUUCAGAGGACAUACCGUUGAAUUUAAGCCGUGAGCUGCUGCAAAAUAGCACAUUGAUUGGGAAACUACGAAGCGUACUGACAGCGCGUAUAUUAAAAUUCCUGCACGAGCGAUCUGCGAAGCAGCCUGAGGAGUAUAAUGAGUUUUACAAAUCCUACGGCUUGUUCUUGAAGGAAGGAAUUAUCACCAGUACCGAUCAGUCCGAGAGGGAAGAUAUUGGCAAACUUCUGCGCUUCGAAUCGUCCGCCGCCGCGCCAGGUGAGCUGAUCAGUCUGCCGCAAUAUUGCACUCGUCUGGCGGCAAAUCAGAAGGAUAUAUAUUAUUUGUCAGCGCCGAGCCGAGCUUUGGCCGAGCAAUCGCCGUAUUACGAAUCUUUGAAGAAGCGAAAUAUCGAGGUGUUGUUCUGCUACGAGCCGUAUGACGAAUUAGUGUUGAUGCACCUGAAACAAUAUAAAUCUAACUUCUUGACGUCCGUGGAGAAAGAAAUGCGCGACGAUGCGGAGGCGAAUAAGCCGGAGAAUUUUGGUCUCAUAAGCAACAAGGACGAACUGGAUAGUCUCGUGAGCUAUAUGAAGAAAAUCCUUAAUAAGAAGGCGUACGACGUUAAGAUGACGAAUCGCUUGGAAUCGCAUCCGUGUGUCGUGACUGUGCAGGACAUGGCGAGCGCGAGGCAUUUCAUUCGCACGCAGAGUCAUCAAAUGAACGAGGAGAUGCGUUACUCCAUCCUUCAGCCACGUUUUGAAAUCAACCCGAACCAUCCGCUCAUCAAAAAGCUAUGCAAGCUGACGACCACGGACGGCGAAUUAGCUGAACGCCUGAUACAGCAGCUAUUUAACGGCGCCAUGGUUGGAGCUGGCCUGAUCGAGGAUCCUCGCAUAUUGUUGACACCAAUGAAUGAGUUACUUACGUUGGCAUUGCAAAAAUAUUAAUAACUGAUGUUAAUAUUGAAGGAGAGGGAUUGUAGCGAUAUUCUUUUUAACGCGAUAUCAUUGAUGAGGAUUGGAUGUAUUAGGAAUUCGUAUUAAAUAUACCGACAAGUCCAUUUUGUUGUAUAUGUAUAUGUAAUAAUAAGAUCAAUAGAUUAGUUAAUAAAUAGGUAUAACUUAUCGUAGGCAAGAUUGGUUUCUUUAUUACAAUAAGUUGAUCUUGUACAAAUUAAUUAUAGCCUUACAAUAAUAACAAGUCAAGUUCCUCAUUUUCUUUCUGAAAAAGUUCUCAUGAUAUCGAUAUGUAUUCUAUCAGCAGGGCUAGAUGUUAUGACGAAUUUAGAAGUUGUACCCACGUUUCCCGUUAUUUUUUUUCCACGAUCUGUCUGUUAACGAAAAAAAAAAAAAAUCGUAGUUUCCUCAAAUUGUGUAACCGCAACUGGUAAACAAUAAAUAAUUUCAUAAAAUUA